AUGCGGCGCUCCAGCACGGACGAGUCCGCGUACCGGCGCAGUCCGUCGCCCGAGGGCAAGGAGCCGGGCUUCGCGCGCGGCGGCCCCUUCCGGCGCGGCAGCAGCCUGGGCGGGCGCGCGGGCGCGGGCGCCUUCUUCGGCCCCAAGGCGGCCCAGGCGCGCUCCACGUCGCCCAAGGGCAGCAAGUACGUGGUCUUCUACCUGGACCUCUCCUUCAUCUUCCUCCUAGAGCUGAAGCGCUGCAGCAUGGCGCGCGGCUGCCUGCAGGGCGUCAAGUACCUGAUGUUCGCCUUCAACCUGCUCUUCUGGCUGGGAGGCUGCGGCGUCCUCGGCGUCGGCAUCUGGCUGGCCGCCACACAGGGGAACUUCGCCACCCUGUCCUCCUCCUUCCCGUCCCUGUCGGCUGCCAACCUGCUCAUUGCCACCGGCACCUUCGUCAUGGCCAUCGGCUUCGUGGGCUGCAUCGGAGCCAUCAAGGAGAACAAGUGCCUCCUGCUCACUUUCUUCGUGCUGCUGCUGCUGGUGUUCCUGCUGGAAGCCACCAUCGCGGUGCUGUUCUUGGCCUACACGGACCAGAUUGACAGGUAUGCCCAGCAAGACCUGAAGAGGGGCCUGCACCUGUUUGGCACGAAGGGCAACGUGGGCCUCACCAACGCCUGGAGCAUCAUCCAGACCGACUUCCGCUGCUGCGGCGUCUCCAACUACACCGACUGGUUCGAGGUGUACAAUGCCACGCGCGUGCCCGACUCCUGCUGCCUGGAGUUCAGCGAGAGCUGCGGGCUGCACGCACCCGGCACCUGGUGGAAGGCGCCCUGCUAUGAGACGGUGAAGGUCUGGCUCCAGGAGAACCUGCUGGCCGUGGGCAUCUUUGGGCUGUGCACGGCGCUCGUGCAGAUUCUGGGCCUGACCUUCGCCAUGACCAUGUACUGCCAGGUGGUAAAGGCGGACACCUACUGCGCGUAGCCCGCCGACACCCCUGCUUCUCUGCCAAAGGACACCCCUACCAGGGAGACAGCCACGGCCCAGCACUCUCCCGCCACAGGACCUGGCACGGGGAGGAGCAGCAAGUGCCCAGGAGCCUGUCCUGGGGGGCCCCAGCUCCGGCAGCUGCAGGGUCUCUGGACUGGACAGAGGGGCGGACAGGUGCUGGCCGCAAUGUCCAGGCUGGGGUGGGAGGGGCUUCUGGCAUUUUUAUAUCUAUGUAUUCUCCAGGGCAGCGCUCACACUGGUGGGGUCCCCAGCCCCCCACGGACACCCUGGAGGCCUGCCCACCGGUCCUGGUGCUCCGGGUGGGGCCUGACCCCAUUACUCACAUUCCACGGCGGGCGCAGGCCCAGGUGCAUCUUAAUAAAGUGUGUGAGCGGC